GCCGCUGUAGAGCUAGAAGAGAUCGCAACAGGAGUCGUGUGACAGACAUUCCGACUGCUGUUUACAAACUACACUGUAACAGCGAGUGCAGAUUCGUCGGAUAUUUGGACAACGCGUGGUAACAGGUUGGUGUUAUUCAUAAUUUGUACAAUGGCGUGGCGCUGUCAUGGAAAAAGUAACUUGGAUUUAAUUAACAACCUCAGAAAAAAUGGAAUUAUUACCCAUGAUGCAGUUUAUGAAGGUAUGAAGUUGACGGACCGGAAAUUUUAUGUUUCAAGUGGGGCAUAUAAUGACAGUCCACAGUCUAUUGGAUACCAGGCUACUAUAAGUGCACCCCACAUGCAUGCUGCAGCUUUAGAGGCGUUACAUGAUCAACUUACCAGAAGUGAGAAUCCAACAGCAUUAGAUGUUGGGUCUGGUAGCGGAUAUUUAACGGCUUGUUUUGCGAGAAUGAUGGGAGAUAAUGGGAGAGCUUAUGGGAUUGAACAUAUUCCAGAACUUGUGAAUAAAUCCAUUGAAAAUGUAAACAGAGAUGACUCAACUUUGAUUACUUCUGGGAGGGUUACUUUGAAAAAGGGGGAUGGGAGACUGGGUUAUGACCCGGACAAUAGAAAGACAGAGCUUUAUGAUGCAAUACACGUCGGAGCGGCUGCUUCUCAAGUACCUAGGCCUUUACUUGAACAAUUGAAAAAAGGUGGCCGACUUAUUUUGCCCGUGGGAGAGCCUGGUACAACACAAGUAUUUGAGCAAUGGGACAAAAAUAAUGUUGGUGAACUUACCAAGAAAGAAUUGAUGAAAGUUGUUUACAUUCCACUUACUGAUAAGCGGAAACAGUGGCCAGGUUGAAAGGUCCACUCAUAUACAAGAAGUUAAAUCGAAAAACCAAUAUUGGUUUUGUAAACCAAACAGUCUUUAUUAUGUCAAACAUUGGAUUGUGAUGUCAUAGAAGUGGAGUGUCAGGUUCCAGAACUCAACUGUCUUGCUUUGAUGUCAUAACAAUUGCCCUAUUUAUCAAUUCUAUUAUUUAAGUCUUUAUUUUGUGUGAUAAAUAUUAAAGUUCUUUUAGGUUGGAGUAAAGUUAAGAGUAUAUUUGGUAUAGGCCUAUAUAAGUUCAGCAAAACAAUAUAUUAUUAUGAACUCUAGCUACAGUUGCUAAUUUUAAGUAUAUUGGUUUAUUUAAUUUAUGCAUGAACUAAUUACUCACCCAUAGCGUAUGUAUUACAGUGCUGAAUUAUUUUUGUUGCAGCAAAUGUAUAUUUGGCUAAUGUCGAUAAUUUAAAAUCCUGACUUUUAUGCUUUGUCGCUUUUUGGCAGUUUAUGAAUAUUUAGUUGAAUGAAUGGAUGUUGUGUGUAACUAUGAUAAAAUGGUUCUGUUUUUCUUUUAAAGUAAUACCAACAAGAGAAAUAUUUUAAACUCGUAUUAAUCAAUUGGGAUGUAAGUGUUACAAGUACCAAGCUCCUGGUCUUAACACUCACUUUUGUCUCAUCUAACACUGAAGAUGGUGCAGUUUCAGUUAAUCAACUUUAACCAUCCUUUGUGUUAGAUGAAACAAGAGUGAGUGUUACGUACCAAGCCUUUACUAACAACAGCCAACUAUACAAACAUUUUAAGAAUUUCUUGACUAAGACAACUAUAGAAGUAUAACUACUGUUUAAAUUUAAUUUAUUCAAUCAGAAUCAGAUAUUUAUACCAA